CUUUUACCGACCGUCGAGACAGUCAGCACACUGGUUGCGGCACUCCUCGCUUACGCAUCGGCCUCGUCUCGUUACCACUGCUACCACCACCGCCAUCACCACUGCCGCGGCUACUUCUCGAACCCAAACAUAAUCAAGAAGAAAACAGAGAGAGAAAAAAAGAAACGCGUGGUCAUAUCACCAUUUUUAGUGUGACCAAGUUGACCGUAACAUGAUUCCCAGUGUUUCCCGUUGGGUGGUGACGAUGGUGGUUAUCUUCGGCGUGCUUGUCACUUUGUCGUUGUCGAACUCAGGAGCUCUUGCGUUACAUAUCCAGCCGCGGGUACUGAGCGACCACUGGCUUGGCUCACCUCUGUCAGACACCACCGACACAACGGAUCAGAUCUCUACCACACCGCAGGAGUUUGACACUACCGAUGUUUUCCCGACCACAGUGAUUCCAACUACUACUGAGGCUGUGUUGGAGAGUGACACAUUACCGCCGUUCUUGGAGUCUGUGAUACCCAAGUCAUCGGGUUUGCCGUGGGAAACUGACGUGGAUGAGCUGAUUAUCAACAUACCCAAUCCCGUUUGUCCAGUUGGGUACCGCUCAGACUACAGAGGCAAAUGCAGACAGAUCUUUCGAUUUCAAUUGAGUCGAGAUGUCUACCAGGAACCGAUGUCGCCUGGGUCAAAUCCCUUCAUCGUGCAGCGUCAGAGGCCACAUAGUAACGCGCUCUUGUGAAGGGAUCGCACCAAGGCAGCUAAGACGUAGGGUAGUGCCAUCCAGGGGAGACACGCCAGGAAUCCUCAACCUCCGUCCCUUGAAGCACCACCAGAUCUCCUGAAACACGCCCUGCAGGACAAUGAGUGCAGGUCAACUGGGGUCACAAAUACGAUUUAUGAUAUAAGGUAGAGUUUUCUUGAUAUGUAUCCUACUCAUUCCAUGGAGACAGGGACCAGCGAUGGUCGUAUAAAUGACUGUUGAGAUGACAAGUACUUUCUUCAGCUUCAUAUUGUAAAAUUAUUGAACUGCUUAUGCUUGUUGAGGAAGGUUUAUCACUUUAGAAGUGUUAUUAUCGUAUAUCAUUAUAAUCAUAUAGCUGUGUCGUGGGCAUUGUAACGUGGCUGACUGUAAUGUAUAUUGUGUUUCAUCUGCUCUUCGCUAUCAUCUAAAUCACAAGUCUCUGAGGGAUAGGGGGUAUGGGAUGGAAAAAAAAAAAAAAAUGAUUUGGGAAAAAAAAAAAAGAAUUUCAUUACCUCCUGUAUUCGGUUCUCCCUUUUCCGUCGUAGCACUUUCACCCCAGCUACCCUUGCUCUUUUCUUCUUCCUCUUCAACUCCUUCACACACUUUUCUGCCGUCUGUGCCGGGCCGAUAUUGCCCUGAGGUUGCUCCCACCUCCCUACAGCAGGACAAUUCCCUCCCUAACUGCCUCAACACUCACCUUUACCCUCCUAAAAAAUCGUAUCCACUCCUUUCACAUUCAGGCUUUUCAAAACACUUUCCUUUACCCGUAUGGUUGCAUGCAUCCUGGUGUUCGUCCCCAUGCUGUCCUCUUUACCUGAUUUGCAUUGUCUCAAGGAACCUCAACAAGGCUGCUCCUUGUCCGUCCUCCCGGCAUCCAACUGAUGAUGUCAUGUGUUUACCUUCCGAGCGCUGGAAACAGAAUUACAUUCCUCAACUUACCUUAGCCAUGUUAUUUAUCAGUUAUUUUUUUUC